AUGUCAUCCGAUCUUCAUUUUAAUCAAACUUCUCGAGAACAAGUUACUACUGGUGUUGAUGGUUCAAAUAUUUUAAUUGUUAGUCCACGAGAAAAAGAUGAAUCAUCGGCAUCUCGUUCUAAACCAAUUUCUCGAAAACAACUUGCUGAUGAUAUUCAUGAUUCAAAUCUUAUAAUUGUUAUUCCGCCAGUAAAAGAUGAAUCAUCUGAUUGUCGUUCAAAACAACCUUCUUGUAAAUCAAUAAAAAAUUCUCUUAAAGAUGUUUUACUUCUUGUGUCACAAAAAGAGAGUACAACAUCUGAUACACGAGAUAUUAAAAAAAAAGAUGAAAUGUUCGUCGAGGUUCCACGUCAUGGUGGUCUCGGGGGUGAUAUGGUUAAAAAAAUUAUGAAACGAAUUUCAAUGACAUUGAAUAAUGCAAUUAAAUAA